GGGAUGACGAACAGGUAGGGUCAAGAGCAACAUGAUACUCAUCAAAUAGAAAUCAUGGGCGACGAGCCCAGAAUCGGCCUGAUGGUCCUGUCGAUUGAGAAGGGCUGCAGGUGGGCCAACAACCAGCAGCCCUGUUUGAAAGCGUCCGUGUUUCUACUUAUUUUUAUUUUUAUUUGGUUUUUCCGUUUUUAUUUUUUAUUUUUAUCUUUUUAUUUCUUAAUUGUUUUAUUUUUUUUUUUGAUCUAGUUUUAGCAGGCUAAGUUACUUACGAUGGCCCUCCUACUAAGAAUUACUCCAUACUAAAUUGGGUAUUA